AACUGCAUAAAAUGUCGCAAGAGUUCGAACCCAAGACUAACGCAGUGCAUGUAAUAGAAUUAGUUGCGUGUAUCCCCCGGCGACUUAAUCUUUAAGACAGCUUUACAAGGACUUACCAGGACCAGGAUUACAGAUGACAAAAUACUGGACUGCAGAAAUAUAAAACAAUCAGUGAUCUUGGAGACGGACGUGAAGGAGGUGUUUCCAGUUAGGAUGAGCUUAACAAAUCAUACAUUCUUCAGUGAAUCUCAGAAUUGAUAAAUCUGCUCUUCACAGUGAUUUGGAACUUUACAGUCCCAGAGAAAAUUUGACCAAGGGACUAACCAGGACUGAGUCCGUAUGGAAGAAGAACUUCCUCUUUUCUGUGGAGGCAGUGGCAAGUCAGUACACGCUACUCUGUCAUCUUUGAAGAUGUUAGAUGUGGGGAAGUGGCCAAUUUUUUCCCUUUGUUCUGAGGAAGAACUGCAGUUAAUCCGUCAGGCUUGUGUCUUUGGCAGUGCUGGCAAUGAAGUUUUAUAUACUACGGUAAAUGAUGAGAUUUUUGUGCUUGGCACGAACUGCAGUGGCUGUCUGGGGUUAGGUGACGUGCAGAGCACCCUUGAACCUCGGAGACUGGAUUCUUUAAGUGACAAAAAGAUAGCUUGCCUCAGCUAUGGGAGUGGUCCCCACGUCGUCCUUGCAACAACAGAAGGAGAAGUCUUUACCUGGGGUCAUAAUGCGUAUGGCCAGCUGGGCAAUGGUACAAUUAAUCACGGUUUAGUGCCCAGUCAUAUCUCUACUAAUUUGUCAAACAAACAAGUCAUUGAAGUUGCCUGUGGGUCUUACCAUUCUUUGGUGCUAACAUCUGAUGGUGAGGUGUUUGCCUGGGGCUAUAAUAACUCUGGGCAGGUAGGCUCUGGAUCCACAGCUAAUCAGGCGAUCCCUCGAAGAGUCACUGGCUGCUUACAGAAUAAAGUGGUUGUGAACAUAGCCUGUGGGCAGAUGUGCUCCAUGGCAGUGGUGGACGCUGGGGAGGUCUAUGUCUGGGGUUACAAUGGGAAUGGGCAGCUGGGACUCGGCAGCAGUGGCAACCAGCCAACGCCCUGUAGAGUGGCAGCUCUGCAGGGCAUUCGCGUGCAGCGGGUUGCCUGUGGCUACGCACACACAUUGGUGUUAACAGAUGAAGGGCAGGUGUACGCUUGGGGUGCAAAUUCUUACGGCCAGUUGGGCACUGGCAAUAAAAGUAACCAGUCCUAUCCAAGCCCUGUCGUGGUGGAGAAGGACAGGAUCAUAGAGAUCGCAGCCUGUCACUCCGCACACACGUCCGCCGCCAAGACCCAGGGCGGGCACGUGUACAUGUGGGGCCAGUGCCGGGGCCAGUCGGUGGUCCUCCCUCACCUCACCCACUUCUCCUGCACCGACGACGUGUUUGCCUGCUUUGCCACGCCUGCUGUCACCUGGCGCUUCCUCUCUGUGGAACCUGAUGACCACCUCACUGUGGCUGAGUCGCUGAAGAGGGAAUUUGACAACCCGGACACUGCAGACCUGAAGUUUCUGGUUGAUGGAAAAUAUAUUUAUGCGCAUAAAGUCCUUCUCAAAAUUAGGUGUGAGCAUUUUCGUUCUUCGUUGGAAGACAAUGAGGAUGAUAUUGUAGAAAUGAGUGAAUUUUCAUAUCCUGUAUACCGAGCCUUCCUGGAAUACCUGUACACAGACAGCAUCAGUCUUUCUCCUGAGGAGGCAGUAGGAUUGCUCGAUUUGGCUACAUUUUAUAGAGAAAAUCGCUUGAAAAAGCUCUGCCAACAAACCAUCAAGCAAGGAAUCUGCGAAGAGAAUGCCAUUUCUCUGCUCUCAGCCGCUGUGAAAUACGAUGCUCAGGAUUUAGAAGAAUUCUGCUUCAGAUUUUGCAUAAACCAUCUGACUGUUGUAACACAAACUUCAGGCUUUGCAGAAAUGGACCAUGAUCUCCUGAAGAACUUCAUCAGCAAAGCCAGCAGAGUUGGAGCAUUUAAAAAUUGAUCCUCACCUCACAAAAGGAUAGAGAUUUUGUGACUUUCUUUUUUCCCUGCAGAAAAGCUGGUGAUGAGUAAUUCUCCUUAGCAAUAUUUAUGAUGAGCUACAUUUGGCUGAAUAUUUGUGUUAUGUCGAGAGGAUGAUAGGUGGUCUCCAUCUGCUGAGAUGCAGAGUUUACAUAGAAAACAUUGAAUGAUCAGAUGUGGCUGUGGGUAAGGAAAAAUAUGCAAAUGUCUUGUCAUAUUUGCCAUUUUUUCUUUUGAGUCACUUAACUUGGAUAGCUUUGGUAUAUUGGUAUUUUGGUCGGCGCCCUUCUGGCCAAAUGUUCCAUUAUUCAGCUGGCUGACACUAUAAAGCUAGACAAGCACUGCUGUCACUACCACAUUUUCGGAUCCAGCAUAGUGCCUUGCAUAUAGUAGGCACUCAAGUAAUUUACUGUAAAUAUUAAGGGUGGCUUGAGAACAGAUUUAUUUGUGAAAUACUGGAUGAUGAAGGAAUAAGUUACACAAAUUGAAAAUAGCCUAUAAUUACUGAGGUUCAUGUUCUUCUGAUAUGAGAAAUAGUGACUAAUUUAGUGCGGGUGAUGGUGAAACUGUUAGAGCUUUCAGCAGUAACAAACAGCCCACUAUGACUUGUGUGCUGUACAUUCGACACCACUGACUUAGAGGAUUAAUUAGAAUUCACAAAUUGUCCAAGGCUCAAGGGCUAAUUUUAAUUUUCUAUUUAUUCUGAGUCAUUCAUUUCUCAUAUGGGAUUACUGAAAUAUUAUCUCUGAAUGAAGGUGAUUUCUGGACUCAUCUGCCUUACAUAAUUGUAUACAUUUCUUUUCUUUGUGUUAAGGGGAAUUUGCUUCUGUAAGUAAUGAUGAUUGUUUUUCUUGUAGUUGACUUUUAUGUCACUAUAAAACAGGUCACUUAACCUGGCACUAGUAUAACUGUACUAGAUGAAAAGGAAGUAAUGUAUUUCAUGGACAGCAUUAACAAGACAGAGAUAUUUAUACUUUUUAGAUCAAAACAAAUUACCCAGUUGUAAAGGAGAAACUGGAAUGGGAAGUAGUGUCCGAUUCUUCUGAGACUGUUUCACGGUAUGAUGCUACACAAGGAAGACCUUUAGAACUAGAAAUCUUGUUCUGAUGCUGAACUAUUUGAUAAUAAAAUCGCUCAUUUGCACAUAA